AUGUUCAAAACGGCUGGAAAAUUUGGCUUCGAUUCUCCUUACCUGACUGAGACGAGCAUGCAAGUGUUGGAUGGCUACAUCAACCACAUUCGCCCCCUACUAAGACCGACCUGUGACUUUGUAUUGGUGACAAGAAAUGGAGGGCAGUACAAUAAGCUGGGAGAGCUAAUGACCAAACUGCUCUUUGAUGCAACGGGCAAAUACGUUCACCUGACUCGCUAUUAACAGAUUGUGGAGACCGCGAGUUGCAGGCAGCUGAGCAGCAGCACGCAGAGCACAAUCUCCAAGGACCAGAAACAUAGCUCUGUUGUUGCAAGGGUUCACCAUCAGAAGCAGCGAUUGCGCGAGGUGGCGAGCAAAGUACAUGAAUAUUUAGAACGAUUGCACAGGAAAAAGGGA